AUUCACAAUAGGAAACGUGGCGAAAUACAAGUGGGUCACUAAAUUGGCUGACAACUGUACCAUCCGGCUUCGAUCGUUCUUAUAUUAUAAAAUGAAUGGAAUUCCAUUUUCUCUUACAAAUCUCAAGUCGCCGAAGAAUAAUUGUAUCGGAUCCUCAGUCUCCAACAUCUCUGUAGUUAAUUAAGAUGUUGAAUAAUCAAGAUUUCAUGGAACUGGGUUGGAGAAAUGAUGUCGGAUUACUAGAUGUGAAAGGUCAGGGUAUAUCAGAAAGAGAAAAAAGUGAUGAAGAUCGUCUAAUCAACGGCUUGAAAUGGAGCUACGACUACGUUGAUCAUGAUCACGCAGAUAUUCAUGUUCAAAUUGUUCCGGAGAUUCAUCAAGAAGAAGAAAACUCGAAGAAAGAUUUGACGUUGGUUGUCCCUGAUGAACAUUCUGAAACUGGUGAUCAUCAUCAUCUUUCUAAAGAUCGUUCAGAUAAUCGAUGCUAUUUGAGAAACAAACGUGAGAAGCCAAAACGGCGUCGUAUCCAGAUCUUCAGUGAUGAUGAAUCAGAGGGGUUUACAAGAGAGGUUCCUUCAGUGACAGGAAAAGGUGAUGUCAGUAGUGGGAAUGAAUCCUUAUAUUCCUCAGGCGACAUUAAACUUCGGAAUGCAUAACCACGUCCACCUGUUGACGGCGAUGGCUAUGGCUCAGGGCCUAAAUCUUGCGAAUCAAAUGGCGGCGUCUCCGUUUAUCCCGGCGUCAAAUUGGUCAUUACCACCGUUUCCCAAUCUUUUAUCCCCACACUCAUCUAACCAAUCUCUCUUUCGUACAAUAGCAUCACCAGCCUCUACUCCUCAAUGUCUUUGCGGUUUAGUUCCAUGUUUGCCAAGUUUCUUGGAUUUUCCUUCCUAUACGAUGGGAGGAAGGCAGUGAGAUGUAAGUUGCUAGUGAAAAGUUUGUAUGAAAUGUUUCGUUGACUAGGAAAAAACAGAAAUUCGAAAAUAUGACAAAAUGCCCGGUGGGACUUAUUUGGAUGUGGAGUAUUUUGUAAAGUAUGUUGAGACUCCUUGUGAAAGCUUUAGAAUUUCAUAUUUAUUCUUGUAUCCCUUUAUGUAUCUAUGUCUUGGUAUAAAAUAUUUACCUAUGAUAAUAGUAUGUGUUUUAAAUAAUUGAAUUUGAUUGACUGAUCAUAAUAAUUUACAA